CGUUUGAUAUCAACAACACUGACGAAUAAUACUAUGUUUCCUCCUUGCACACGCAAAGAACACUAACAUUGUUAGAAAUCCGACACAACACUUUCCUCCUCCACUCUCUUUUCCAUUAACUCCUUUCAUUCUCUCCGUCCACCUUUAAAAUUUCCCCCUCCUCCAAACCUUUUCCUGCCGACGUAAACCCUUCCACCCGAAUUGAAAUUAGGCACGGAUUUGCAACUGAAGCAAACACAGCUUCCAUCCGUCGCGGUUGCGACUCACGGGUCAUGAUCACGAGAAAUUAGUCGGCAGCACGUCUGGAGCUUAGCAGAACGUCGGGGGAGAGUAGUCGGAAGAACAUAAAAUAUGACUAGUGAUUCUGAGGAAGACGUGUGGGGAUCAACAACCGUCGAUUUCCCGACGGAUUUCGUCUUCUACGGCGCAAUCACCGUGACAUUCGUGAUGGUUGCCGUGUUGAUCGUGAAACUGAUGUGGAAUUGUGAGGGAGACGAAGGAGAAGCGUCGACGGUAACGGAGAAUAGCGGGUUGUUGUCGACGUCGUCUCCGAAGGAGGAAGUUUUUUACAGUACAUACGGCACAACUGAAGAGGAUCUAGAAUCGGGUAAAGGGAGUUGUUGUUCGUCGUCGGAUGACUUGUACGAUGGGAGGAUAUGUGUGGUAUGCUACGAUGAUGAAAGGAACUGCUUCUUCAUUCCUUGCGGCCAUUAUGUUACUUGCUACACUUGCGCCCAGAGGAUUAGUAGUGAAGACAUAAAGACUUGUCCGAUAUGCCGAUCAUUGAUCAACAAAGUGAGGAAGUUGCGUAUUUUGUAAAGCAAAUCCUCAUGAGUUUUUCGGUCUCCUGCGGUUCUUUUUGAGUGGGAGUCGGGGAAGAAUGCGGUUGGGCGGUUGGCUGCUGCUGUUUAAUGAAAGAUAUCCGUCGCCCUACAUUAUUUGUGUGAAUCCAGUGCUGUAUAUAAUCAUUAUAUAUGUUUGUACGUGACGCUGCAAUUGGAGUCUUUUAUAAGAUUCUGCUUCACAGACAAGCACAACUCUUGUCCUUUCAAAAUGUUCGAUCAUGUUAGCACUCGUGAUUUUAUUAUUACACAAGUGAAUUGUCAAGUCUCAGGCAAAAUCAAAAGGGAGCUAUUAUGAAGUUUUAUUUGGAGAUUC